AAAAAGUGUGACCUCCCACCACCACCACUGCCCUCUCCCACGGCCGAUGCAUCUCCGGUUGGGCUCGGCUCGCUGGGUCUGAAGGGGGCCCGAACCUCGGUCUCGAUGUCGUCGUGCUCGAGAUGUUUGCGAGCCCGCGCGUGCGUGUGCGUGCGGCCUUUGCCGUUUAGAACGCUGCGGUCGAUGAAGUUCUAAUCGGCUGCGUUGGUGUCUCUCGCUUCUCCUCGGGCCCCGCCGCGCGCGAUGGCCUCAAUACCCGCGGACCCCGAGGGCGGACGGGGGUCUCGGUGCGGGGCCCCGGGGUCAACGUCCCAGGGCCGCCUCCUCCUCCCUCCCGAGGCCGCCACCCCGUCGCAGGUCGUCCCAUCACGGGCCCUUCCACCAUCGCAGGUGUCCGCGUCUUCCCACGCCGACGUAUCCCGGGUGCCACCGUGGCAGAAUCUUCCUUGCCACACGACAACGCCGCCGCCACCGCCGUCGUCGUCGUCUCUGGCUGCUGGAGGGCCACGGACGUCUCCGCCGAGGAAGCGGCAACGCCUCGUGCACCUUUCUACCGAGGAGAAAGUGUCGAGAAGGUAUGGCGAGUGGGGGGUCCCCUGGCACCUCUUCCACGGAGGAGAAAGUGUCGAGAAGGUAUGGAGAGAGGGGGGUCCCCUGGCACCUUUUUGCGGGGAGAAAGUGUCGAGAAGGAAGCUGAAGAAUCGUGUGGCAGCACAGUCUGCCCGGGAUCGCAAGAUGGCACUCAUGUGCGACCUCGAGAAGAAAGCCGAGGAGUUGCGCGCAAAGAAUCGGUUAUUGGUGGAGAAAAACCGGGCUCUGAAAGCGCAAUCUCUGAACCUUGCCCAUCAGAACCUGGAACUCCGGCGUAGACUCUCCAAGGACGUCUUCCAGGAACAGGAGGCAGCGCAAGACAAGUGUUUGGACGACCACAGUGUGGUGGCCGGGUCCUCCGAGUCAGCAGUGCUCAGGGGAGCUGUACCUCAGCAGUGGGUGCUGACCCGGCCACCAUCACAACUCGUCGUCCUCACUUUUGCGGUGCUGUCGACAGCUCUGCGCACCCCAAGUGCGGUGAUCUGUUUGGUCUCCUGGAUGAGCUGGAUAUGGAUCUGUUUGGAGAUGUUGAUACGUCUUUGGGCCAAGACACUGAAGAUAACGCAAGAGGUUCAUCUGGUAAAACAGAAGAAGAAGAUUCCAUACCGACCACCUCAUCUCCAGAUAUGGGGAGCACAUCAGUUGAGCUGGACACCGAUAAUGAUAUGACAUUGAACAAUCUGCAAGUUGAUGGUUUCAUUCAAUAUCUUGAAGGCGUGUCAAAUCUCCAAGACCAAUACUCAAGCCCGCAUGCACUUGUGGGCUCUGAGGCCAAGCAUUGUGUGAACUAUGAGGGAUCUUUAAAACAAUUACAAGGGUCAAAUUCUUUCCAACUUGGAGACCAAGAACUGCAUUCCCAUUUAAUGGACAGUUUCUGUGGCUGUUUUGUGGCCAAAGAGAAAAAUACGUCGAGUCUAACAAGACAAAAUUGCUUCAUCCAAGUAAAUAGUUCUCAAAUGUUCAUUCAUGAUGACUAUGACCUUGCUUUGGCCAAGCAAAAUGUCAACAUGCAGACCAUGCUGCACACAUUUUCUCCAAAUAGCCCUGACUAUGAUGACAAACCAACUUGGAGUUCCGAUUGUGGCUCCCAAGACACAGAGCUGAUUCCUAAAGUUUUGCUUAAAGACCCCAAGGUGCUUUUUGAGGUAUUACUCGAUGAAUCAUCCUCAGAAACAUCACCUGACCAUUUAUUUUCUGAAUCAUUUAAAUGCAACUCCGAUGCCACUGGCUUUACUAAAAUACCUUCCCAGCAGUACGAAGAAAAUCUAAUUGAAGACGUUCUUGAGGAGCUAGGGUUAUCCAGUCCAGAACGUGGGCUUUCUGCUUCAAUCGGGCCUGCAUCUAAACUUCAAAAGUCGAAUAUUUCUUUAAGCAGAGGAACACUGUUUCCUCAGUCCACUGAUAUCGGCGGAUACUCUUUUCAUGAUUCAAUAUCUCUCUCAACGGAGAGCUUCAAUUCCUGGGAAAAAUAUUUCGAUUCUCUUCACGUGAUUUAAAUUGUGCAGAGAUGGUAGGCGACAGUGUUGACAUUGAACUGUUGUGGUUUGCAGCAAAUUACUCUGGUGACAUGUUAGCGUAGCUCCGAUGUGUUUUCGGGUUGUACCGUGUUGCCCGACGUUUCGCUCCGCAUGCUGGCAGUGUCUGCAGGAGUGGAAUGGGGAGCAGCAGCAGCUUAUGUUUCUCCCUCGAUUACGCUGGUCAACACACUUUUUCUGGCAAAAGGUAUUCCAAUGGUUUUAAGGUAAUUUUGGGGUGCUGAUUCUAAAUCUGGCAUCAGUUUUUUGUCUAUCACAUCAGGUUUUUGAGAUCUCUAAUAUUGCAUUUUCAAUAAAAACUACAGAAGAAAAAUAUUAAAUAAAUGUGGAUAUCUACAUAAAAUUAUAUUAUAAACACACUAUCCUAAAAAUACAGCACCAUAUUUUAACUCGCAACAACUUGCAAUCAUAAGUGACAGAGUUAAUUUCGGGGAAAAUCAAUGAAAAUGGGGUAUGCCGAUAGCAUAAAAAUGAUGUGAUAGAGCAAAUCUGAAUUCAGAUUUAGAAUCAGCACCCUGAAAUUAGUCUAAAACAGCUGCAAAAGUCCAGACCAGAAAAAAAUGUUUUUUUUGUUGACCAGUGUUAUUCUAUCUUCUCGCUGGACAGGACCGCUGCCUGAAAGGAAUGUUUAAUAAACACCAAGCUUGUGUUCCUGCCGCAGUUUUUAUUGACUGUAAUAUUCACCUGGAAGUAAGAUUCAUGAAAUGCUUAUAUUCUUUGUCAGAUGUAAUUAUUUCAACAAGAACACCUUGACAUUAUUAACAUGUUAUAUUGUUUUAAAGCUUUCGUGGCUGCAGGGAUUCAUAUUCUUGGUUCUUUCGGUAAAGUCACGUAGAAGGGAAACAAUAAAAUAAUAAUAAAAAUAUUGUUUUAUAUUUUUAUUAUUUUAUUGUUUCGCUUCUACGUGACUACCGAAAGAACCAAGAAUAUGUUAUAUUGUGUCUUUUUAGGAGCUUAGUAGCCAAUGUGUUGCCUUGUUGGCACUUAAGUAAAAAAUUGGAGAAAACUAAUUUGGCUACUUUAUUUUUUAUCAAAAUAUUGACUCUUUAUAACCCCUUGAAAUAGAACAUCCUAAAUUGCAAGAGGUCUCCAGGGUAAAACAAAAUAAAAUAAAAAGUUUGUAUUUUAUUAAAAUGUGCCAGGGUUUUCGUUUUAAAGAUGCAUCGAAUGUUCGCAGUUCUGCUGUGUAGCUCACCGAUGUGCUUUCAGGCAACACAAUCCGUGUUCGCCAGAGUGACCGAUGUUUUGCACCUCGUGUUUGGGAGCUUCUCCAGGAUCUGCAGUUCCCACGUGAUGGUAAACGUAUGACUUUCGGAUACCAUGCCGAACAACAACGCAAUAAAGUAUAGGAGCGCACAUUAAGUCCGCUUUACCUUCGCAAACCCUUUUAUUGUGAAAGUCAUACAAUGUAUGUUUCUUCGUACAUGAAUUGGUUUUGCAUGGUGUGCACGUGUUUCUGUUCAAUGAAAUGUGAUAUUAAAGUGUAAAAACGGAA